GCGCACGAGAAGUGCUCUGCUUCCCGCGGCUUCGUCUCGGUCGCAGAGCUCUGGGAAAGGAGCAGUAGGUCAGAAAUCGAAUAUGUGCUGGAAAAGUUUAAACGACAUUUAAAUGUACAGUUGGGCUGCGUUCGCGCCUUAGUAAUAAUGAUAUCGCUGCAUUAGACGUGACGUGUAUUCGAAUAGUCAUAAAUGGAAGAAAACGGCAGGACUUUUUCCGAUGUGAGAAACGUCAUACUCUCCGCACACAAAAACGCGGGCGCCGAGGACAAAGUAGCUUUCUAUAACGAAUGGGCUGCUAAUUAUAACGAGGACGUGCACAUCCUGGACUAUCGGGCUCCGAUGUUGGCCGCUCGGUGUCUGUCAGCUGCCUUUCCAGGUGACCGCGAGGGGGCGCUCGUCCUAGACGUGGCCUGCGGCACGGGUCUGGUCGGCGCUCAGCUGCAGAAAGUGAAGUUUCGCCACUUUAUUGGGGUCGAUGGGAGCUGUGCCAUGCUUGAGUUGGCCAAGAGCUCAGGCCUUUACCAAGAGCUAAAGCAGUGCCUGCUGGGAAAAGAAACACUCCCUGUUGAACCUGAGUCUUGUGAUUUAGUCAUUAUUGUGGGGGCCCUAAGUGUCGGCCAAGUUCCAGUCACUGUUGUUAAAGAGCUCUGGCAAGCAGCUAAACCAGGAGGCUAUGUGUGCAUGACAACGAGGGCUAACGCAGAAAACCAGGAAUACAAGAGGCAGCUGGAGCGAGUGAUGGCAGAGAUGGAGCAGGAAGGGCUGUGGACCUGCGUGGACGUCGUGGAGGUGGAGCAGUGGGAGAGGGCAGUGUCUGAUCACGAAACAGGGUACAUCUCUGGAGUUGUGUACCUGUAUAAAAAAAUCCCCAGAUUAGGGUUCAAAUGUGACUGAGUUCUGACCAGAGUCCAAGUCUUAGCUAUGCGAUUGUUGAACAGUGAGAGGGAAAUCAUCUACUCAUCGUGUAUUGGAAAAUUCCCAUACAAGAUGUUACGCUGGUUAUAGGAAAAUGGCUAAAAUUGUCUGAUACAUUGAUCAGACUAUAGUGCUAAAAAGAAGACUCUACAUAGUUUAUUGCAAAUCUCAUCAGCACAGUGAUGCUUCAGCAGUUGACUGAUUCUAAAAUCCAUCCAGAUCCAUUGUCAUUUCUGUAUAUUUAUUGUGCCGUUUUAAUGCUCCACGUAUCAUCCAUUUUAAUACAGAAAAAAGGGGGAAGUCUGAGAAGUACAUUUGAUUCAUUUUACUUAUAUUUACUGUAUGUUUCAAAUGUUAAAGGAUGGAAUAACUUCUGUUUUGCCUGAAGUUUAGUAUGUGCACAUCAGUACAACAUGAGCCCAACUAUACUGCCAUCGUGCACCAGAUGACAGUAUAACAACGUAUGAUUCACCGUGAACGGGAAACACGCAUAACUCAACUUACGAAAACUGCAUUCAGCACCAAGAGUGAUGGCAGACCAGUGAAUGAAAAGGCCAUCCAGAAGUGUAGAUAAUGGUUGGGUUAGGAAUUUGGACAUGUGUGUGUUUUUUUUUUUUUUUUUUUUC